AUGCCCGAUUCUGUAUUUAAUACACUUCUUGAUUUGUUGAGGCAAGCACUCCCAGAAGGUGUAAAUCUACCCAAUUCUUAUUAUGAAGCAAAAAAAACAAUGAAAGAACUAGGACUUGGAUACGAAAAAUAUGAUGCAUGUCCUAAUGAUUGCACAUUGUAUUGGGGAAAAGAUGAAUCAAAGAUAAAAUGUGACACUUGUAAGCAUCUACGGUGGGAAGGAACAAAGGAUGAUCCUACUGGUGAAAAAAGAAAGGUUCCCCACAAGGUUUUGUGGCACUUUCCGCUUAAACCCAGAUUGCAGCGUCUGUUCAUGUCAUCUAAAACAGCAUCUUCCAUGAAAUGGCAUGUCGAGGGUCGUACUAAGGAUGGUCGCAUGAGACAUCCUGCAGAUACUCCGGUUUGGCAAUCAUUUGAUUACCAAAAUCCCGAAUUUGCAAAAGAUCCUCGUAAUGUCAGAUUGGGUUUAGCUUCUGAUGGAUUUAAUCCAUUUAAAUCUAUGAAUGUGAACCAUAGUACAUGGCCGGUAGUACUGAUGCCUUAUAAUUUGCCACCAUGGAUGUGCAUGAAACAGCCAUACUUUAUGUUGUCACUACUCAUUCCUGGCCCAUAUGCACCUGGGAAUAACAUUGAUGUUUACCUUCAACCUCUUAUAGCUGAGUUGAAGGAAUUGUGGGAUGUAGGUAUGACUACUUAUGAUGCAUCAUCAAAGGAAAAUUUUCAGAUGCAUGCUGCUUUACUUUGGACCAUUAGUGAUUUUCCUGGUUAUGCUAAUUUAUCUGGUUGGAGUACUAAAGGUUAUUUAGCAUGUCCAGUAUGUCAUAAGCAUACCGUUUCACACCAUUUAAGACAUGGUUCAAAACAAUGUUACAUGGGUCAUCGGCGAUUUCUGGAAAAGGAGCAUUCAUAUCGAAAAGAUAAACGUAACUUUGAUGGAAAGGAAGAACAUAGAGUUGCACCACCCCGCUUGACAGGUGAUAUGAUCUUGGAGGAGUUGAGGUCUUAUAAAAUCAAAUUUGGGAAGGCAGUCAAUGAUAACCCUGAAUUACCCUUUAACUGGAAGAAACAAAGCAUUUUUUUUGACUUGCCAUAUUGGAAGAACAAUUUGUUACGUCAUUGUCUUGAUGUCAUGCAUAUUGAGAAAAAUGUAUGUGAGACAAUAGUUAGAACAUUAUUGAAUGUGGAUGGCAAGUAUGAUAACCUUGGUGUACGGCGUGAUUUGGAAGAAAUGGGCAUACGAGCAGGUCUUCAUCCUAUUACAGAUGAGUUUGGGAGAGCAUACUUGCCUCCAACAUGUUUCUAUUUGGAUAAGAAGGAGAAAGAGUUAUUCUGUAAAAUUCUGAAAAAGGUUAAAGUACCGGAUGCAACUGUUACCACUCUGUUAUAG